UCUGUGAUUCUUGGACGUGACGCGAUAACUUGGCGACCGUGGACACGGAAGUUGCUCGGGUACUCGGCAGCAGGGCACGCAAGCAGUGGGUUUGUCUAUGGGAAUCUCAAACUUAACCUGGAGUGUCAGACAGGUCCUCAAUCCUUGAAUCUGGAAGAGGAAAUGCUCAUCUGUUGCAUCAGGAGAGACGACAAACCACAGUGGGGCAGUGACACUCACUUCUGAAGGAGGGUGUUCAAGAGCACUGACCGUGCAAAGAGCUUUGGCCAUUUACACAGCCGCAGAAGGAGGCUGAAACCAAACACGUGUUCCAUGUGUGUGAGGUCUUGAUGAAUCAACCUGGAGACAAAGGAGGAAAAUAAGUCAGUGAGUGACCAAAUAGUUUCUUGCUAAAAGUGAUAUCAGUGUGAAUUCUUGAGCCUUUGAAAAGAAACAAUUUCCCAUCCAGCUAGAAACUUGAGCAUCUGCUCUGUGUGUGGAAAGAAGCUGGCUUGUUUAAUCCUCCUGUUGAGACACCAUUGAUCUGGCUCCCUGAGAACACACCAGCACAUCGUCACUGGAGACGGGGCAUUCAACUGCUCCAAGUGUGGGAAACCUGGAUCCACACGAUCACCCACCCGCUGGUACACCAGUGAAUUCACACCACGGAGAGGCCCUGCUCCAGCUCUGAGUGUGGAAACUGAUUCAUUCAGUCGUUCAUUAUGACGGCAUGCCAGCAGGUUCACACGUUCACCUGCUCUGAGUGUGGAAAGAGAUUUGCUCAGUCAUCCCAUUUGUUGAUACACCAGCGGGUUCACGCAGGGGAUACGAAGUUAGAAUGCUAUGAAUGUGGGAAGAGCUUCCCGUCGUUAUCUAGUCUGAUAAGGCAUCAACGGAUGCACACUGGAGAGAGGCCGUUCAAAUGCUCUGAAUGCGGGAAGAGCUUUGCUCUGUCAAGUACCCUGAGUAGACAUCAGCGAAUUCACACCCAAGAGCGGCCGUUCAAAUGCUCUGAAUGUGGAAGGGACUUUAUUCAGUCAUCCCACCUGCACAAACACCUGCGAACUCACACUGGGGAGAGGCCAUUUAUUUGCUCCGAGUGUGGGAAAAGAUUCCCUCGGUCGGACACUUUGCUAAUACACCAGCAAAAUCACACAAGGGAGACACUGUUUACCUGCUCGGGGUGUGGGAAGGGAUACCGUCACUCAUCCAGCCUGAGGAGACACCAACGAAUUCAUACUGAUGGCAGAUCAUUUAUCUGUUCUGAGUGUGGAAAAGGAUUCCUUGAUUCAACAGACCUGCUGGUGCACCAACAAACGCAUGCAGGGGAUAAGCCGUUCAUCUGCACCAAGUGUGGAAAGGGAUUCACUGUGCAUCGCUAUCUGCUGAGACAUGAGCGACUUCACGCCAUGGCGAAGCACUUCAACUGUGCAGAGUGCGGGAAAAUAUUCACUCGCUUAUCAUACCUGAUGAGGCACCAGCAUUCUCACACCGGGGAGAGGCCGUUUACCUGCUUCGAGUGUGGGAAGGGAUUCCCUCGGUCGGCCACCUUGCUAAGACACCAGCGAAUUCAUACUGGGGAGAGGCCAUUUAUCUGCUCCGAGUGUGGGAAGGGAUUCACCCGGGCAUGUUCUCUGCGGAUACACCAGCGAACACACACUGAGAAGGAUUAACCAUGCUGUGUGAAGAACCCUGCAAACCCUGUUAGGCUUUAUUUCUGAUACUAUUGGUAACUCCUUUAACUGGACUGAGGCUUCAUAUUCUGCUGCUUUGAUCAUUGUCUCAGAUCCUAAGUCAGACCACCAGGUGGUGCCGAACGAUGGCUACCUCGCCAAUGGUCUGUCUCGCCUUUAUCCUUUGUGUUUUUAGUUUGUUGUAAAAUGUAUGUUUUAGUUUAUUUUUAGUUUUCUAUUAUGUUAUGGGGGGGAGGGGAAACUCUUUGAUUCUUUUUUCCUCGACGGAGAUGCAACAUUUUCUGUGUCAUAUCACUGCGGCCUAACAUCGUGGAGCUGGCGGUCCCUGUCGGGGUUCGACCUUGGGAGCUCCAACCGCAGAAGCCUGUGGACUUUAACAUCGUGGAGCUCGAAGUCCCUGGUUAGGGACCGGCUUCGGGAGCUCCAAGUCACGGGAGCUUCGAUUGCCCCGACUGUGAAUCGUUCGACUCCUCCGACUGUGGGAGAAAAGGAGGAAAGAGGAUAAGACUUUAUUGCCUUCCAUCACAGUGGGGAAUGUGGAGGAGCUGCUAUGGUGGAUAUUUAUGUCCAUUUUUAUGUAGUUAUGUGACUUGUUGCUUUUUUUGGUAUAACUGAAUGGCAAAGCAAAUUCCUCGUAUGUUGCUAAUUAUUUUUGAAUGGAAUAAAAAUGGGGGAAAUGUA